AUGAGCUUGCUUUCCCAGAUUUUCAACGGCCGCGUGUGGGCGCGCACGGGGUGCAGCUUCGACGGCGCGGGCAACGGGCGGUGCCAGACGGGGGACUGCGGCGGGAAGCUACAGUGCAUGCAGUACGGGCAGGCGCCCAACACGCUGGCCGAGUUCGGGCUCAACAAGUACAUGGGCCAGGACUUCUUCGACAUCUCCCUGAUCGACGGGUUCAACGUGCCCAUGUCAUUCAUCCCCGUCCCCGGCUCCCCCGGGUGCCCCAAGGGCGGGCCGCGGUGCCCCCGGGUGAUCGCGCCGCAGUGCCCCAACGAGCUGCGGGCCGCCGGAGGGUGCAACAACGCAUGCACGGUGUUCAAGGAGGACAGGUACUGCUGCACCGGGUCGGCAGCGAACAACUGCGGGCCGACCAACUACUCGAGGUUCUUCAAGGGGCAGUGCUCCGACGCCUACAGCUACCCUAAGGGCGAUGCCACCAGCAUCUUCACCUGCCCCGGCGGCACCAACUACCAGGUCAUCUUCUGCCCAUGAGCAACCAUGGAAGAGGUCUCCAGCACACAGACAAGAAUAAGUCUAUGUCUAUCCGAUCUUAUAUAUCAAAAUAAGUGCAAUUGGAUGCAUACAUUCGUAUGCACAUGUAAGCCGGAAAUGGAUGUAUUCGAUGGACGAGUGUAAUAAAGUCGUGCAUGAAUAAAAUGCUCUUGCGUAAUAAACACAUGUG